AUGGCUCCUCGCAAGAUCAUCAUCGAUACCGAUCCAGGUGUUGAUGAUAUCCUGGCAAUGCUCCUCGCCUUCUCAUCUCUUCCCGAAGAGCUGGAAGUUCUUCUCGUGUCUCUCACAUAUGGCAAUAUCGAUGUUAAGAACUGCCUCCGAAACACAGUAUCCCUGUUUUACCACAUCGAGAAGGAAAUCGCUUUCAGGAAAGCUCAAGGACUGCCUCUUGGAUUCGAAACCCUCCGCCAACGGAAACCACUUGUUGCUGUCGGCGCCGAGGAGCCUCUAGCAGAUCAGAUGUUGAUGGYAGACUACUUCCAUGGAACGGAUGGGUUGGGAGGAAUCCAUGAAUCGCAUGCUCAUCUAUCUCCGGCAGAAACCUGGAAGCAGCUCUUCCAAAAACCCGCUGGUUCCGUCGAAAAAGAAGUUGCAAACGAGCUCUCCAAUGGUCAUGCGCUGUUUGAAGCGUCCAACAGACCAGCAAGCGAGGAAAUCCUCCGUCUACUCCGCGAGAACGACCCCGACACCAUUACGAUUGUAGCAGUCGGACCAUUGACCAAUCUAGCUCUAGCAGCUGCUCAAGACCCAGAGACCUUUCUUCGAGCCAAAGAAGUCGUUGUCAUGGGAGGGACUGUGGAAGAAUGCGGCAAUAUCACUCCCAGCGCCGAAUUCAACACCUUUGCAGACAGCAUCGCAGCGGCUCGAGUAUACGCUCUAACAUCUMCGUCUCCAAAAUCCACCAUGCCAGCCGUACCUCCUCCACCUCCAGGCGUGAAUCCUGGAGCAAAAGGGCCCCCUCCACACCUAUCAGCAUAUCCAGAAAACCUCUCCAAGCAGCUCAAAGUCACCCUCUUCCCUCUAGAUUUGACAAACUAUCAUUCCCUGUCCAGAGGCCAAUUCAAGGCUUUCACGAAACCUUUGCUAGACGCAAAGUCCCCACUUGCAGAGUGGAUCUCAGCUUUCAUGAAUUCUACUUUCAACAAGGUAGAGACUCUCGUCAAUACUAGCGGUGAUGCUGUGGGCUUGGAGCUGCACGACCCUCUGUGCGUGUGGUAUUGCAUGACGGAGAGCGACCAGUGGAAGCUCAUUGUGGAUGAGGAUCUUCGCGUCGAGACAUCUGGGCAGUGGACAAGAGGCAUGUGCAUCGUUGACAAGAGGCCCCGAAAGAAACGGGUAGACGUAGAUGAAGGCGAAAGGCCAGACGACCUGGGUAACUGGCUCAGUGCACGUGCAGGCAACAGACUUCGCCGAUGUGUGGCCUCUCCAGGACAAGAUCUCUUCGGGCCGUUCCUCAUGAAGAGAAUAUUUGGACAAAAGUGA